UUCUAAAGGUAAUCUUAACACCUGUGCUUUUUUCAUUCAAAUUAAUACUAGUUUUUAUUCAAUUUUAUAGGGGUUUUCUUCAAUUCAAGAACCCACAUUUUUAGAGUUCUUCUGCUUAUAAAAAUCUCACCUUUAUAGCAUAGAAAGUCCUUUUAACUGAUUUAAUAAAUACCCAUGUUUGUUUUAUUGUUUUUCUAGUAAAAAUUUGAACUUUUCUCAAUUUAGAGUGUGUUUUCUUCAAUUCAAGAAUCCCUCAUUCUAGAGCUUUUUUCUUAUAAAAUUCUUACCUUUAUAGCAUAGAAAAGAAAUCACCUUUGUUUGAUAAUUACUCAUGUUUGUUUAAUUGUUGUUGUAGUAAAAAUUUGAACUUUUCUCUAUUUAGAGUGUGUUUAUAGAGGUUUUUAGCAUAUGGGAUUUGUUGUUAUGAGGUGCUUUUGUUGAUUUUCAGUGGAUUCUGAUGUUACACAGUCGAAUUGGGUGUCAACACUGAGGAAUUAAUAGUGCACAUAAGGGUAAAGAGAUGGGAGAAGACUUGAUUACAAGCUUGUCAAUAGAGAAUUAUAACUUAUCUACAUUUUUGUCAAUGGACUCAAUUGCUACCUCUCAUGAGGAAUCAGAUAGAAAUAGGCAGAUUGUGCUAUCGAGGCCACCGGAUAUUAAUCUCCCUUUAUAUGUGGAACGUAGCCACGAUAUGUUUGAUAUGUUGGAGGUUGGACUUGGGCACCAAAUUAAUGAAUGUGAUGUGCAUGUUGAUUUGCCUAAAGUUGGAGGUAAAUGUGCUAAGAGAUCGGAUAGUGUUUGGGGUGCUUGGUUCUUUUUCACUUUCUACUUCAAGCCUGUUUUGAAGGAGAAAUCUAAGUGCAAAAUUGUUCAAGAUCGUAAUAAGGGGGUGUCUGGAUUUGAUAAGUCUGAUCUGCAACUUGAUGUGUUUUUGAUUCAAAAUGAUAUGGAGAAUAUGUACAUGUGGGUUUUUAAGGAGAGGUCUGAAAAUGCGCUGGGUAAGAUGCAGUUGAGGAAUUAUAUGAAUGGCUAUUCUAAAAAGGACGAGCGUCCAUUUCCAUUUAGCGCUGACAAGGGGUUCAUGCGUUCUCAUAAAAUGCAGGGCAAACAUUAUAGAGGCCUCUCUAAUCCCCAGUGUUUGCAUGGAAUUGAGCUUGUUCCAUUUCCCAAUUUAUCAUCUAUUGAUGAGGAAGACCAGAAGAAAUGGAUGGAACUUACUGGUAGGGAUCUCAAUUUUUCAAUCCCACCCGAAGCCAGAGACUUCAGUUCAUGGCGGAACCUUCCCAACACAGAUUUUGAACUUCAAAGACCGAUCCAUUCAAAAAAGUUACUUAAUGGUGCUAGUCUUAACUUGUCAACUCAACCAUCAAACCAUGUGAACAGCAAUGGUUUAGAGCUCUCAUCUGAUUGUAGUAAGAAAAGGAAAGACUUAUUUACUCAUGGAAGUGAUGAAGAUUGUUCCUUGUCGAUUAACCCCAGUUUAAAUACACAUCAAGAUGGAGAACCACGCACUAUUGAACCACCUUGGAUGAAUGAGUUUUCGGGGGUAAUGAAGAAUGUGUAUGGGCCAGUUGCUGCUGCAAAAACUAUAUACGAGGACUCGGAAGGAUACGUGAUUAUGAUCACCCUACCUUUCGUCGAUCGUGAAAAGGUGAAAGUUCAUUGGUGGAACAAUAUCGAUCAUGGCAUUAUAAAAAUAACAUCUGUGAGCACGGCAUGCCCCCCAAUCAUGUUGAGGAAUGGUAGAACGUUCAAGCUAACUGAUCCAUUUCCAGAGUUCUGUCCUUGCGGUGAAUUCACAAGGGAAAUUUCACUUCCAACUCGAAUACCCGAUGAUGCAAAACUAGAAGCAUAUUUUGACCAGAGCGGAACAGUGCUAGAAUUGAAAGUUCCCAAAAAAAAUGCCACAACUCCAGAAGUGCAUGAAGUUCCUGUUUGCCUUCGACCUCCAAAUGAGUUUGCGUUGUCGUGAGAUAGUUAGAAUCCUGUAACGUCAGUCUGACUUUUAGAUCAACUAAUCGGCUAAGGCCCUCAUAUCAGAUGAUACCAACUUAUGUGGAUCCUUUGCUGCUGCUCUAUUAAGACUGUCCUAUAGCACUGUUGAGUCGCCUAUGAUGUGAUGCAGAGCGAGCAUGUUACUAAUGUAAGUGGACAUACAUGUAGCCCAUUUUUAAUGAAUCAAGUCUAUAGGAAAAAGAAAUGCAUAUCUUUUGUGGUCUGAAUUACAAUGAGCCAUUAUGUUCUGUAGCACUGCUGAAUAUGUUAUCAGUGCAAGUGGAUACAAAUGUAAAAUGAAUCAGAAUUGAAUACCAGAAUGAAUCAGAA